UGCUGAUGUAGCCAACGGUGCGUCUUUAGGACAAAAGACAUGAAGAAUACAGCCCCCAGACUGUCAGCAGUGGCUGAAGAAUUUCAGGAACUGGACCUGAUCUUCGCCGGCGGCUCUGAUCUGGAUGUUGUGGAGAAGGGAUACGCACGGAAGCUAAUUCACGCCAUCAGUCGAGAAGACGAGGUAUUGACGAUUGAGACGUUGAAAAGUCUUGGAGAUUUGCACCUGCACAAAGCAAAGUCCAACGAGCACAAGGCCGAGAACUUCCACAGGGCUUGUGCGUUAUACGAAGACGUCUUACGAUAUAUUAGAAAUGAAGAAGAGAAAGCAGUUAUGCAACAUCGUAUUAGAUAUGCGGAGAAGUGCACGAAACUUGUAUAUAGUAAAAAAUAUACGAAAGCAGAAACUGGACUGACUGUGGCGGAAAUACUUCACGGAGUUGAAAAAAAGGCCAAGGUUAAAGGGCACGAGGUGGUGCCCCUAAUGGAAGGUUAUACGGACGCCUUUGUGGACGCAAUCGUGGAGAGAAAUAAAGGUCUGGAAGUAGAGUCUCUGAAGAGCCUUGGAGACCUGUACCUGGAGAAGGGAAGGGUUGGCAGGGACGAGGCAGCAUUCACCACAGCAGCUGGCCUGUACCGAGCGGCGCUGGACCGCUGUGAAGAUUCAGACGGCAGAGAAACACUGAAGCAUCGCAUCAAGUACGCAGAGAAGGUCAAGGGGAACGCAGAGAAGCAAAGAGAAAGGCCGACAAGAAACAGCAAAGCUGACUAUACCAAGUGGCUGGUGCCGCCUUCAACCGCAUGUAAAGCAGCCCUUGACGUCAUCAGUGAGAUAAACAAGAAAAGGAUAGCUGGAGCAGACAGUCAUAUAAAUAACAAAACGCCGGCAGAUACGGAAAGGUACGUUAAUAUGAUAUACAUCCAUAAGUCUAUCUACAUAAGUAUGUACGAAAAUCCUAUGGACGUUGUUGUACAAAUUACACUACUACUAUAACUAUAGCUACUAACAUCAAACUCUGCCAUGAUAGAAUAUGGUCCCUGUUAUAUACUCAAUUUCUAUCAUUACAGCAAUAACAAAACACUCGUAAGAAUGCUUUUAGUUAGCUACAGAGGUAUUUCAAAUGCUAAAAAAACCAUAUUUUUAUUUACUGCUUUGGCUGUUCAGCACGCACAGCCAGGGCUUCCCAACUAGCCUGUGGCUGUUACAAAGGGUACAUGUAAGCUUUGAAAACAAAUGAACUUUGACAAGGACAGGAUAAUUGUCAAUAACAAUAUUCUAAGUACAUUAAAAAACGAUUAUCUAUAUAUAUGGUGUAAGAUAGCGUACAUAGUAUCUACAAUGGAAUCUAUUUAUCAACAACAAUAUCUACAGUGAGAAGUCAGGGUCAGUGCAUACACAUGUAAGGGUCGCCUGUAGUGUCCCAGAGUUUCCUUUUGAAGGAAGCAGUAGUGGCUGCAGUGUGAGUGGCAGUAGAGAUGAUGUUGCUCGGUGAUAGAAUGUUCUCUGGCCUCUGGCAGAUUUAGAGAGUUCCGAUGUCAUGCGGUCCCCUGCAGGAGCAACGGGACCCUGGCAGAUGCACCGGUUGAAGGCCAUGGGUACCAGGGUUUAAAGGUGU